GGUGCUGGGACUACUGCCGGAGCCGCCCCCACCGCCGCCCCAUCGAAGCUGGGGGGAGUGAGCCGAAGCGAGACCCAAGUGCGCGACCUGAUUUUGAGAAAUCGGAAGAGUGUCCUCUGUCGAGCGCGCCCAGCGUUGUCUAGCUACCUUUGAUUUAUGAGACAAACCCGCACCCCGGGGUUCCAUGUGCAUCCGCUGGCCGGGCUGCUCCGUAGGAAGCCAUGCUUGGAUACUUAUAGCCAUGUUUCAGCUCGCCAUGGAUCUGCCCUCGUGUGAGUCCCUGGGCCCGGGCCCCGACUUCCGGCUGCUGCCCCGGCCACCGCAGCGGCCGCCCCGGCUGUGGAGUUUGAAGAGUGGACAGGCAGCGCGCAUCCCCGUGCCCGUGUGGAGCCCGCGCCCGGCCCGCGUGGAGCGCAGCCACGGCCAGAUGCCCAGCCCGCGCGCCAAACGGGCGCACAGACCCAGGGACCAGGUGGCCGCCCUGGUGCCCAGAGGCGGGCUCGCCAAGCCCCCGGCCGCGGCCGGAUCCAGCCCUUCCCUCGGCUCCUCCUCCGCCGCGGCCCCGUCGCCCACGUCGGGUGGCGCGGCCGGAACGGACCAGCAGGCCCUCCUGCGGAGGGGGAAAAGGCACGUGCAGGGGGCCGGCUUCAACGGCUUUGACUUCCGGGGCAGCAGGCCCACCACCGAGACAGAGUUCAUCGCCUGGGGACCCACGGGGGAGGAGGAGGCCCCGGAGUCCAAUACAUUUCCAGGCCUUUACGGCCCCACCACGGCUUCCAUCUCACAGACACGGAAGACGACCGUGGCCAUCGCCACCACCGCCGCCACGGCCACCACGGCCACCUCCAUGACGCUGCAGACUAAGGGGGCCACCGAGCCCCUGGGCCCGAGGAAUAGGAUUCCGGUUGGGGCUAGCACAACGGAGCCUUCCACCAGUCCCAGCAAAGACAAUGGCGAAGACGUCAAGCCCCCACGAAUUCUGGGGGAGACCUCAGGUCUGGCUGUUCAUCAGAUCAUCACCAUCACUGUCUCCCUCAUCAUGGUCAUAGCUGCUCUGAUUACAACUCUUGUCUUAAAAAACUGCUGUGCCCAAAGCGGGAACACGCGCAGGACCAGCCACCAGCGGAAGAUCAACCAGCAGGAGGAGAGCUGCCAGAACCUGACAGACUUCACCCCUGCCCGGGUGCCCAGCAGCCUGGACAUCUUCACGGCCUACAACGAGACCCUCCAGUGCUCCCACGAGUGUGUGCGGACGGCUGUGCCCGUGUACGCAGACGAGACGCUGCAUCCGACGGGGGAGUACAAGUCCACGUUUAACGGGAACCGACCCUCCUCUGAUCGGCAUCUUAUUCCUGUGGCCUUUGUGUCUGAGAAAUGGUUUGAAAUCUCCUGCUGACUGGCCGAAGUCUUGUGUACCUCCUGGGGGCAGGGCAGACGCCAUGUGUCUAUUUUAUGGAUUCCGUUGGUGAACCUGUAAAAAAAAUAAUAAAUAAAAUAAUUAAACACACACACACACACACACACACACACACACACACAAAACCUACAAGUAAACUUUGUACGGGGAGGGUCCCCAUACCUACUGCUUCAGUUUGCCGGUGGGAAGCUCAAAGAGCAGGACGCUAUAGGCCAAAUAUAUUUUUAUAAAAAUGCUCACGCCUAUGGGGAACUGCCUUCUGCCAGAGUUUUCUUUGGAGAACGGAGAGAAGCAAGGCAAGAGAGAAGCUGGAGACGAGAAGGAAGGCCAGCAGGAAGCACCUGAAGCCUGGGAUUUGUACUGAUUCUGAACCUUUGCCAAUAAUACCAUUAUGUGCCAUGUACUGACCCGAAAGACUUGGUGACAAAGCCGAAGCCAAGCGAACCACGUGUAGAAAUCUCACAGAAAACAGGGGUGGGAAUCUUCCGACAGAGUCGCUAUUUCUGGUUAAUAUACAUAUAUAAAUAUAUAAAUACACACAGACACACACACACUUUUUUUGUACUGUAGCGAUUUUUGGAGAUCCUCAAUGUUCCUUUUUAAAAAAAAAAAAACGUUAUCGGUUACAAAAUCUGAUUUAUUUAAUGCUUAGUUCGAACAGGAUAAACCGGUGUUUUCUACGUUGGCGGCAUGCACACACGCGUGCACACAGACGCCCACACGCAAACACACACGCGCAUAUAGAGGCCUGUAUUGGAAACACAGUUCCAUGAGUGAGCAUACUCUUUCUGGUGACCUGGUACCCCAUUGCCACCCAUCCCAGGGGACAGUCUGGACCCACGCAAAGGGACCCCCUAAAUGACACAUGUUGCAUUUGCUGGUAUUUGGUGAGGGGCACUCGAUGCAUAAUGUAUUCUGUUGGGCCAGAGUUAAGAAUGCCGUGGUUUUAUAUACAUACAUAUAUAUAUAUAUAUAUGUAUAUAUAUACACAUAUAUAUAUAGACACAUAAAUAUGAUCGCUUUUCAUUUAAUUGUUUGAAGAAGCUACCUAACGGCCAUGCACACAUUUACGUAGCCGGCUGCUUACAAAGGGGACGAAGCAUCAGACUGGGCGGGUGGUGGAUUCUUGGCCAUCUUUGUGUUAAAGAAGCAGAGACUGAAUUAAAGAAAAUUUUCCAGUUCCAAAAAUUAAAGGAAUAUAUCCUUA